GUUCGAAAUCUUCGAAUACCUGUGUUUGUGUCACUUAUUGAUGAUAUCCAGCUACUUAGGUACAGUCUGGAAGGUAUAUGUGAGCUUGAAGGGCGUAUGAGACAGUUCUACAAAUAGACCCUGCCUGGACUCUCUAUUCAUUGGGGGGGGGGGGGGGGGGGGUCGUGAGAAUCGUGUACCCGAUCUGAAUCUCCCUCACCUCUUGACCACAUGUCAUUGUCAAUCAUUUGCUUCGUGGCACAGGAUGAAUGAUCUAGCUUAUGAAGAUUUACCAGCUGUCUAUCGAAUCCCCCCCGAACUUCUGACAGAAAUUUUCCUCCAUUGCUACCACGACAACACUGUGUAUUCUUCGCAUACUGAGGCACCGUUUAACCUGUUUUCAACUUGUCAGCGCUGGAGACUUGUCACUCUCAGUAUACCCCUCCUUUGGUCCAGUAUCAAUGUUUCCUUCACACACAAUGCAUGCAGGCCAUCACUUCCGGUCCUAAACUCGUGGCUUGAUCGGUCUCGAACGUCCCCAUUAGCUUUCUCUCUAAUGUAUCAGGGCCGGAAUGCUUUCUUUGAUGACGAUCUCAUAUCAAAAGAAACACUAUUCGCGCCGCUUGAAGCAUUGCUGGUACAUCUAGCGCGAUGGCAGAAUGUAUACCUAGAUUUCAGCAACGUACCUAAUGAUGCGAUAUUUAUACCCUGCCCCCCAUCAGAACCAAUGGUUCUGAAAACGCUUGCUAUACGAACAUUCGAGUUCCAUCCCCGACACACAACAUUGCUCAUACCCGUUUUUAUGGACUGGAUCGCAAGUCUCGCUGAAUGCUCUACAUCCCUCGAUAGCUUCAUCUCUUACGGUAGAGGCUAUAUCACUCAUUUGUCUGGUUUCAAUUCUUUUUUUUCUGUUCCCUGGAGCCGCUUGACCACCCUCACCUUGGAACAUGUCUCAGAGACUCUUGCUCUCUUCAUACUCCAGCGUUCAUUCUCCCUGGUGUCUUGUAACUUUGCCGGUUUGGGACAUUACCCUGAUUGGAUCCCGGAUGACCAGCAUGCUGGACCCCAGUUGCGCGAUGAAAUUUUCUUGCCUAAGUUAACGGUUCUCAAUAUCAUCACUGAGAAUGAUAUUGACAGAUUCUGGGGUCAUUUGAUUGUUCCAAAUUUACGAGAGUUGGAGGUUCAUAUGCUUCCUAGCGCUCGUCAAUGGCAUCAGGGAGAAGAUUUGGUUCAGUUCUUCAGGCGCUCAGGCUCGGUGUUCGCUGCCGGUUCGGACACGAUGCCUGCCACAACGAGCACAUUAAUACAAGGUCCACUCACAUCGACUCGUGGUCCUCCGAUUUCGCGGCUAGUCUUGCGUAAUUGUAAUAUGCGCUCUAGGCUAGGUGUUUGUGUGAAACUGCUUUCCGACUCAUUGAGAGACUUGUCAGUGACAGACAAAGCAAUGGUGGAUGAUGCAAUCAUGAAGCUGCUCACCUUUCCUGAUAGGCCCACAGACAAUACAGCUUCGUUAUCAAGACUGGAUACUGAUAAUCAGAAUACAGAUGUAGGAAAUGAAAAAGAAUUUCUGUGUCCUCGCUUGGAGCAGCUCACACUACGGAGAUGUAUCGCCGCUGCGGACGGCAAGACUAGUCGGAUGGUCAAGUCUCGAUGGACUUUACCCAGUCCUGGUUUGUCUAAUGGUCGCAUUGAUGUCGAUGUGGACAAGGAAGGCGACGAGCUUGCGCGCAAGCUGAGAUGUGUCCACAUCGAAUUUUCCAAUCCAGAGCACGCAGAGGAUUUUGAUGUACUAAAGGAAAUGUAUUCCACAGGACUGGGCGGGGAUGUUGUUGUAAAGAAAGGAGUCAAACUUGCCAAAAGAAAACUUACUGCUGAAAAUCCGCCUCCUGCCAACGUCCCAAUCCUCCAACCACCUCCUCUGUGGCGUUAUUGAUUGUUCGAAUUUCAAUCCUUUCUGAGACCUAUAGGAUUAAUUCUCCGUUGAAUGCGCAUUCUCGUUAUGUAGUACAUUGCGAUCCUGUGUUCAUGUUGUCGUUGUACCCAGGUUGUAGCCUGUUAUAGCCUCGUACUUUUGAAAAGUGUAUCCAGACCAAAGUGUAUUUAGCCCUAAUGAUAUAUUGAUUCACAAUCUGUAUUUCGUAAACUGUCCAGAUUUUCUUGUCAUGAGAAUAAACGCCUGAAUAGGAAAACACGUCCGACCGCGCUUCCUUUGCUGAGUGCUCUUGAAAUA